CUAGUUAAUGUCUCUCGACUAAAAUUGUGCUGCAAAGGAUUAGGUUGCAAGUUCCACAAAAACUAGCUUCUAAAAAAUUCCGUUGUCUGUUAAAAUUCUCAGGGAAGAAGAGAGAGCUUAAUAUUCUUGAAUCCUGAACAUGGGCAUUGUUGCUUCAUCCUCUUCCUCUUCCUCUUCUGCAUUUCCUUCCAAAAAGUACGAUGUAUUUAUCAGCUUUAGAGGAGACGACACUCGCACCAGCUUCACUAGCCAUCUUUAUGCUGCCUUAUGCCGAAACAAGGUAGAAACCUACAUCGAUUACAGACUUCACAAGGGAGAUGAGAUCUCACCUGCACUAAUCCAAGCUAUCAAGGACUCCACAAUAUCUUUGGUGGUGUUGUCACAGCACUAUGCUUCCUCAAAAUGGUGUUUGGAUGAACUCGCCCAAAUACUCCAAAGCAAAAGGGAUCUGGGACAGAUUGUUAUUCCUGUGUUUUAUAAAGUUGACCCUUCUGAUGUGCGAAAGCAGCAAGGGGCUUGCAAGGAGGCAUUUGCAAAACACGAGAGGGCUUUUCGUCGCAACCUUGACAUGGUGAACAAGUGCAGAAAUGCUCUUUCUGAGACGGCCAACUUAGCUGGAUGGGACUCACAAACUUGGAGGGAUGAAUCUAAACUCAUUCAGAAUGUUGUCAACGAUGUUCUAAGGAAACUGAAUAAUAGGUAUCCAUUUGCGUUGAAGGAUCUUGUUGGAAUUGAUGGGAAUUGUCAAUCCGAUCACAGUAUCAUGGCUUCUGUUGCUGCUGCUUCGUCCUCCUCCUCCUCUUCACUUCCCACGAAACUUGACGUGUUUCAGAGUUUCAGAGGCAAUGAUGUAAUGUACGAUUUCCAGCAACAAUAUAAUAUUAAAUUGACCGCAAAUUGUGAUACUGGAAUUGAAAUUACAGGGAUAAAUGAGCAAGUUUCAAAUUACAAGCAAUAG